AUGCACCGUGCUGGAUUUGAUCUUUAUUCAAAAGUUUUGGAUAUUGUGGAGAAUGACUCGUGGUUAUGGCCGCGAGCUUGGUUAGACUUAUUUCCAGUUCUUAUUAAUAUCCAGCCUCCUAUUAUUCAAGCUCAUGUGGAAGAUUCUUUUGUUUGGCGUCAUCAUGAUGGUGUUGAGUUUGAUCAUGCUGCUUCCAUUGUCUGGGAUACACUGAGAGCUCGUAAUGACAGAGUUCCAUGGGUUGAUUUGGUAUGGUUUGCUAAUUGUAUCCCAAAGCAUGCUUUUCUACUUUGGCUGGUGUGUAAAAGGAAGUUGAAGACUCAAGACAAGCUAAGGCAAUGGGAUGUUAGGGGUGCCACUAACUUAAACCUGCUUUGUUGCUCGUUAUGUCAGUCGGGUCCGGAUUCACAUGAUCACUUAUUCUUUGAGUGUUCGUAUGCUAUGCAGGUUUGGUCUAUUAUUAGACCUUUGGCUGAUAUUCAUACAUCCUCUUUUAAAAUUGGCGACAUCAUGGAGGGAUUAUUGUCUAUUCCUAACAAGAAUUCGGUGAGGAGUAUUAUUGGUCGCUUGCUUUUGGCGGCUUCUUCUUAUUUUAUAUGGCAAGAGCGUAAUGCUAGAUUGUUUAACUCAACGAGGAGAUUGGCUGAUAAGCUUGGUGAAAUUAUAGUCUCCACGGUCCGGUUGAAGCUCGCUUCAUUGAAGAUUAAGAGACCUAUGACGGGUGUUAGCUUGUUGGAUAAAUGGAGAUUACCAAUGACGUAG